CAUAAUCAAAAACACUAUUCGACUUCUUCUUUUGUACAAAAAAAAAAUCAGAGAGAGAUUUUUUAUUUUUCUCUCGGGAAUUAAAUUUGACGGUCAAUAGAUUCGUCUGGAAAAGAAACCGCGAUCGAGUUUUUAUUUUUAUUUUGGGGGGAUCAGAUAUUCAGAUGGCGGAUAUUUGUUACGAGGACGAAGCGUCGGCUUGUGAAUCGAGGCCGUCGUGGUCGAGCCGGAGACGACGGAUCGGAGCUCAGCGAUGCAGGAUGUCUCCGGCGGAGAAGAAUCCGACGGCGGCAACGGUGGCGGAAGAUUUAGAGGGUAUUUAUAAGCGUAAUAAACAAGAGGAGUACGAUUGUAUGAACUGCGCAUCACCUUCUCGGAGUUGUUCAGAAGCGGACGAGAGUGUAUCACUCGAAGACGACUUUUGCAUCACCGGAAAUUCAUCGGUAAUUCCUUGUAAAAAAACGGCGAGAGAGACGGAUCUGAGACCUAGAUACGGCGUCGCAUCGGUGUGCGGUAGGAGGAGAGAUAUGGAGGAUGCGGUUGCGAUUCAUCCGUCGUUUGUACGGAAACAAACCGAGUUUUCUCGUGGAAGAUGGCACUAUUUCGGCGUUUACGACGGACACGGCUGCUCUCACGUUGCGGCGAGAUGUAAAGAGAGGCUUCACGUGUUAGUGCAAGAAGAAGCGCUCUCGGAUCACAAGGAAGAAUGGACGAAGAUGAUGGAGCGUAGCUUCACGCGCAUGGACAAGGAGGUUGUUCGUUGGGGCGAAACUGUGAUGAGCACUAAUUGCAGGUGCGAGCUUCAGAGUCCCGACUGCGACGCCGUCGGAUCUACCGCCGUUGUCUCUGUCAUUACGCCGGAGAAGAUAAUUGUAGCCAACUGCGGCGAUUCCAGAGCUGUUCUCUGCCGGAAUGGAAAACCAGUGCCUCUAUCCACAGAUCACAAGCCGGAUCGUCCAGACGAGUUGGAUCGAAUCCAGGAAGCGGGAGGACGAGUGAUAUAUUGGGACGGUCCGAGAGUGUUGGGCGUUUUAGCAAUGUCACGUGCCAUCGGAGACAAUUACUUGAAACCGUACGUGAGUUCAGAGCCGGAGGUGACGGUGACGGAUCGGACGGAGGAAGAUGAGUUUCUAAUUCUCGCGAGCGACGGCUUGUGGGACGUAGUGACGAACGAGGCGGCGUGUGCGAUGGUGCUCAUGUAUCUAAACAGAAAAGGUCGGGGAGGAAGGAGGCGAGAAACUCCGGAGAGUCAUGAAGAAGGGAAGGAGGAAGCGAAAGUGGUGGGGUCAAGGAAGAACGGGAAGAAAGGAGAGAUCACGGACAAAGCAUGUACGGAGGCGUCAGUGUUGCUGACGAAGCUGGCGUUGGCUAAGCACAGUAGCGAUAACGUAAGCGUCGUCGUCGUUGAUCUCAGAAGAAGAAGAAAGAGACACGUUGCUGGACACUAAUCUCAUCACUCCACCGUUUUUUUUUUUCUUUAAAUAUGAAUGAUUCUUUUGUUUUUUUUUUUUUCUUUCCUUGGGUUUAGUGUGUGAAUUUUCUCACUGCGAUGAAGGUCUCUCAGAUUUUUCUUCCAACCCGAAAGAGAAAAAGAAAAAAAAUAUCCCGGUUCAUCGAAAAUGGAUAAACCGGGUAUGGUUGGGUUUUUUUGUUUGGUGCGAACGAACCAUCUUUUGUUGCCUUUUUCGUUGUGUAUAAAGAAGACGAACAAAAGAGGAAGACGGGAUGUGUCACUAUCUAGGUGGAAUCAGUUCAGAAUUUGAUUAAUUAAUAAAAAGUAUGU